AUGCCGCCAAAGCGUGAGCGUACGGUUCAAGGCUCGUGUUGGCCAUGCAAACAACGCCGGGUGAAAUGUGAUCUGGGAAAGCCCUUAUGCCAGAGAUGUAUCUCGUCUGAGGCAAAGUGCUGUUAUGACAAGCUUUUGAUCAGGUGGAAAAAGACUCUACCAACACAAAGCCUGACCCUGCAUCAAUCCCCGUUUUCGGGCCUCAACAUGCACUUGAAAGACAAUACCUUGGGCAAUAGGCAUCGUAAGGCCCUUGAAUAUUUCCAAUUCGCUGUGUGGCCUCUUUUCACCACCGCGGCUCAUCCUUGCCCUCCACCCAUCCCUCUAGCCAUGGAAUGCCAACCGGUACUUCUGGUUGUAUGUGAAUUGGCUGAGGCGCAUCGUACACUACGAGAUGAGGCUGGGAAUAGCACGGUGAGCGCACAGUUUGAUAAAAGAAUGAGCUGUCUAGCUUCAGUCAGGGAGCAGCUUCGAAAUAAUAACUGCAAUCAGGCAUCACUUUCGCCUCUUCUUGUCGCAGUCUUCCUGCUGUACUUUUUGGACGGCUUUAUUGAAUGUGAUCAUCAAUAUGCUUCGACGGCAAGUCACCACGUGGGCGUCCAAGCAAUUGUUGAUCAUCUCGGAGGAUUCACUGCUCUUAUCAAAAUAGGCCAAAAGGAUACAACUAUGCUACUAUCAGAAUUCGCAUCUACGGACCUGACAAAGGCUCUCCUAGAUGAUCGGUCUCCUUGCUUUCCCGCUGAAAUCUGGACACAGAUAGAGCACGGAACGGUGUGGUGGGACCAAGAAACAUACGACGGCACAACACUAGCAUCGGUGUUUAGGAUAAUGACAGAAAUGUCAUUAUAUCGCCAGCAAAUCAGGGGAGACCCGGAGACACUUUCAGUGGAAGUCGUGCGAGAUUUUGAGCGGUGUCUACAGCCGUCAUUCCAGAUUCUCAAUUUCGACCAUAUCGAAAAUCCCAAUACCUACACCGUACAAGAAUCGACGCUUGAACCAAGGAUGCAGGCCGAUUCGUUCACACGUGCCUUUCAACAUAGUGCCCUCGUCUACCUCUACCGAGCAAUAUGUGGCCUUCCGCCAAGGCAUUCUUUGGUACAACAGCAUGUCCAGUCGUGUGUAGAAUGCAUCAGAAAUAUCUCGCCUCUUUCAAAAGCCCACAACUGUAUAAUAUUUCCAUUAUACGUCAUGGGCGCCCAUACGUUCCUGCAAGAUCAGCAGACAUUUGUCUUGGAGAGACUUGAUUCUAUAUACAAAUAUUUGCGCUUCAACUCCGUGCUGUUGGUUCGCGCAGCGUUGGAAGAUUUAUGGAAGUCACCGCGGCAUAAUGGGGAUUGGUGGGAUAUGUUUCGAUCACUAGGUGAACAUGUGCUUGUGAUCUAG